CACUCUCCCCCAUAAAUAUCAAUCAUUCUAUGCUAUACCAAUACUGGGUGCCAGAAAUGGAAAGACAUCGACGGCGGAGCUCCCACCACGUCGCCACUUUUCUCCCCCUCUUUCUUACUAUUUUCCUUCUCCUUCCUUCCGCCCAAGCCGAGAAUAAAACAGAUCCGACGGCUAAUCAGAAUUUGAGUCCGAUCCAAGGGUGGAGGAGUGCUGAAUACUGCCUACAGAAUACGUCUAGAAGCUGCCCGGAGAAAUAUUGGCUGACUGACUCGGGAUGGCUGAACGUAAGCUACGACGACGGGGUGGGGUUCUGCGCAGCAGGCGGCUGCGCCGACCACACCAGGGCGGUGCUCCUCUGCAUUCAUCAUGUCAAAAGAGAGUAUUGGUUUAGAAAUCAUGCUUCUGUCAAAGAUCUCAAUGAGACCAUAAACAGGGGAUGUGCACAAGGUUUUACCGGCGCCAGCUUAACCAGCUCUGGCUACAGAUCAAACUCAGCUCCAAUUUUCGGCGCAUUGUCAGCCGCCGCCUUGAUGUUCAUUGCCUUUUUCUAAAUAAAAUUGCAUCUUAUUUGUCAUAUGUCCGGAUGUAAUGUGUCAGACACAUACACAAUAAAUUCACAAAUAAAUGUAAAAUUAAGAUGCCCCGAAACCGGAGUUUCUGAGUUUUCAGUAUAUUUGAUUUUGUAUUUUGUAUUUGUAUAAAAUAAAAUAAGUAUAAGGGUAAUUUUUUCACUAA